AUGCCCUGGAAAGCUGCGACGUCAAAGAAAGACCUCAAACAAAUAAAAAAUGGACCCCCACCUUCGACGGGUCGCCUGCCGAGCCCGAGCGUCAUAAGCGUGACGGAUCCGUUCAGAAAUCCCGGAGGAAUUAGCUGGUUUGUUGCUGCUCUUUUUGUAGUGGACGACAUGGCUGGAGGUGGUCUCGUAACGAUUCCAACAGCUAUGGUCCGAACAGACUUCUACGUUGGCUUCGCUCUAUUCUUACUACUUAUGUGUGUCACGAUGUACACAGCGUACGCACUGGGACAGAGCUGGAAUAUUCUGCUAAACACGUGGUCAAUCUACAGAGUGCAUUGCCGGAAACCGUAUGCAUCCAUUGGCUAUCGGGCAAUGGGCGCUAACGCCAGAAAGGUCGUCUCUGUUAUAAUCGAUGUCACGCAGUUUGGAGUAGCAACCGUGUAUUUGCUGCUAUCCGCCAAAAAUAUUCACGAUAUGGUCAAGACGUUCACCAAUACGGAAUUCAGCUACUGUAUUGUCGUCCUAAUAGUGGCAGUGUGCCUGUUGCCAGUUACUUAUCUUAAAUCUCCUCAAGAUUUC